AUGUGUGGCUAUAGUUAUUGCCUCACAGUGGUGGAAAAAGUAUUCAAAUCAUUGAACGAUUCCUGGAGCGGUUUGAAGGUGCUGAGUGACCCUCUAGACAGCAUGGCCCCCAAGGACAUCAUGACCAAUUCCCACGCCAAAUCCAUUCUUAAUGCAAUGAACUCUCUCCGCAAAAGCAGCACACUUUGUGAUAUAACGCUCAGGGUGGAAAAUACAGAUUUUCCAGCUCACCGGAUUGUCUUAGCGGCCUGCAGUGACUAUUUCUGUGCAAUGUUCACCAGUGAGCUUGCAGAAAAGGGGAAAUCCUUCGUGGACAUCCAGGGGUUAACAGCCUCGACAAUGGAGAUCUUGUUGGACUUUGUCUAUACAGAGACUGUGCUCGUUACAGUGGAGAACGUGCAAGAACUGCUCCCUGCAGCAUGCUUGCUUCAACUUAAAGGGGUGAAAAGAGCAUGUUGUGAUUUUUUGGAGAGCCAACUCGAUCCAACUAACUGCCUGGGCAUCCGCGACUUUGCCGAAACACACAAUUGCCUGGACCUGAUGCAAGCCGCCGACCUCUUUUCACAGAAGCAUUUCUCCGAGGUGGUUCAGCAUGAAGAGUUCAUGCUGCUGAGCCAGACAGAAGUUGAAAAGCUCAUCAAAUGUGAUGAAAUCCAGGUGGAUUCAGAAGAGCCUGUAUUCGAAGCUGUGCUCAACUGGGUCAAACACAACCGAAAAGAGAGAGAGCCUUAUUUGCCUGACAUGCUGGAGUUUGUCCGGAUGCCAUUGCUGACGCCCCGCUACAUCACGGAUGUCAUCGAUGCCGAGCCCCUCAUACGCAGUAGCCUGCCCUGUCGAGACCUUGUUGAUGAAGCCAAGAAGUUUCACCUGAGACCAGAGCUGAGGAGUGAAAUGCAAGGCCCGCGCACGCAAGCCAGAUUAGGUGCCAAAGAAGUCCUUUUAGUGAUCGGCGGCUUCGGCAGCCAGCAAUCGCCAAUUGACGUUGUUGAGAAAUAUGAUCCCAAAACUCAGGAGUGGACCUUCCUCCCAAACAUUGCGAGGAAACGGCGUUAUGUUGCUACGGUGUCUCUCCACGAUCGAGUUUAUGUGAUUGGAGGGUACGACGGACGCUCCAGACUCAGCUCAGUGGAAUGUCUAGACUACACGGCGGACGAGGACGGGGUUUGGUACACUGUGGCCACCAUGAAUGUGCGCCGCGGUCUUGCCGGGGCUACAACACUCGGAGACAUGAUAUACGUCGCCGGCGGUUUUGAUGGUAGUAGGCGCCACACCAGCAUGGAGCGAUAUGACCCAAACAUUGACCAGUGGAGCAUGCUAGGAGAUAUGCAGACAGCUCGUGAAGGCGCUGGUCUAGUGGUCGCCAGCGGACUGAUAUACUGCCUUGGUGGCUAUGAUGGACUGAAUAUACUGAAUUCUGUGGAGCGGUAUGACCCCCACACAGGCCACUGGACGAGUGUCACUCCAAUGGCUACCAAGCGCUCUGGGGCAGGCGUUGCUUUGCUCAACGAUCACAUCUACGUGGUUGGAGGCUUCGAUGGGGUUUCGCACUUAGACUCUGUUGAGGUCUAUAACAUCAGAACAGAUUUUUGGACCACCGUGGCUAGCAUGACCACACCUCGAUGCUACGUCGGAGCGACGGUCCUCAGAGGAAGACUCUACGCCAUCGCCGGAUAUGACGGCAACUCUCUUCUCAGCAGUAUUGAAUGUUACGAUCCGGUGAUCGACUCAUGGGAGGUGGUGGCCUCCAUGGUGACGCAGCGGUGCGACGCAGGAGUAUGUGUUUUACGAGAAAAGUGA